AAUUGUCGAAUAAGUUAUGUGAGUGUUAUUGCUCAUCAGUUCAUCACAUCUUAUUGUUGUGUCUGUUUUUGUUUUGGACGAAAAAACUGUUGAUCUUGUUUACUGUAUCUCUCGUGUCAAUCGAAUUCAACAUAAAACUAGUCGAAAACAAAAAUCUAACCAAUUUGUACUGAUUCACGAAGUAAAUCGGUUGAAAAAAAAGUGUACGACGAAAAAAGUCAAAAGAGGGUGAUUCAUUCAGAAUGUCGAUAAAAAAUGGGAAUGUACGUUGGGCAUUUGAUUUACGAUCCUGGCGAUGUACGUUAAAUGAUUUGGAAUUGGCUACGGCAUGCAUUCAACCGGAAGAAAAGGAUCGUUUGGCAAAAUUCCACUUUCUUGACGACUUUAAAGCAUCACUCGUUGGUCGAUUGUUGAUGCGGCAAUUUAUUAAAGUCUGUUUACCUGAAUUGGAUUAUAAUGCAAUACGCUUCGAACGUGAUUCACGUGGCAAACCAUUUUUCCGCCCAAAUGCAACCGAUCAAAUAGCUGCUCACAUUGACUUUAAUGUGUCGCAUCACGAGCGAUACGCCGUGUUGGCCGGAUCGUUUACAAAGAAUUUCAAUGAAAACAAUCGGCAACUUGUUGGGGUUGAUGUCAUGAAAAUGGAAUACAGUGGUGGUAAGCCGUUAAGCGAGUUCUUUCGCCUAAUGCACAGCACAUUUACACCGAACGAAUGGCAAUUCAUAAAGGCACGUAGCGGCGAACAAAAGCAGACGGACGCUUUUAUGCGACAUUGGUGCUUGAAAGAGAGUUAUGUGAAAAACAUUGGCGUUGGCAUAACGAUCGAUUUGCAAAGCAUUGACUUCCGACUGAGCACCGUAGACUUGUCCGCAACAGAUAUUGUUCGAAACAGUGUGGUUUCGUUCGAAGGAGCACCACAAAACCAUUGGGUAUUUGAGGAAUCGUUGCUUGACAACGAUCACUGUGUCGCUGUUGCUGUGAAAAAUCCAUCGACCGAAUAUACGACCGAAUUGUCACAAAACGAAUUACUAUUCGAAAUGAUUGAUUUCGAAAGGCUUAUGAAAGACGCAAAACCGUUGAUUGCCGUCGAUUCGGAAUAUAGUCGAAAAGUACUUGGAAAACAGUUGAAGAAAACUUUGUGACACGAUUCCUUCGGAUAGCACACAUUCAAAUGGGGAAAUUAUGUUAAAAUUUGUUAAUUUUUUUUUCUUUCUGGUUCGCUCUUGUUUUAUUGAAUAAAAUCACAAGGAAAUUGGUAAUGGGAAAAUAAAGUACUGCUAUUUGAUAUAAAAAUCAAACUUUUCUCGUUUUCAUUUUUUGUUUGUCAACUAUAGAUCUAUCCAUCAUAUAUGGAUUGUUGUCGACGAUUUAUCUGGCUUAAAACGUCCUCAUUUUCCAUCGUCACGAACCGAUUUCGGUGCCAGGCAACGCAAGUCCCCGAAAAAAAAGAAUAUAACCAAGUACAUGAAAUGGGGUUACCAAAGUGUUUCGCAAUUUAUUCGAAUUUAUCGGAAAGGGGUGAAUAUAUGCGGCGAAACGGUAAACAUAAUAAUAAUAAAUUACAAAAACGAAAUGAGCCAGAAACAGAAAAUACACGUCGAUCGACAAAAGUACUUUCAUUGUUGUCGUUUUUUUUCCUUCUAUAUGCCAAUGUGUGUUAUUCUGUUGUUAUUUUUUUUUCUGUGCGGUACCUUUUCAUCAAUGUUUGCCCGGCUCUUCACUUUUAUUAUUUUCAUUUCGAUAUAUAUUUGUUUCCCUUUAAACAUACAAAAGCGAUCAGCACGGUGUAGUUGUCUGCAAUUUCUAACUCUGUCGGUUUUUUUUUCUAGCGAAAUGGGUGAGGCAUACAAGCUUCGCCUAGUUCAUGUUUAUUAGAGCCGAAGGAUUUCGGGGAAAAAGAGCCGAAAAUUUGCAACUAUGUGCCAAUGGCAAUCCCAAAAAUGUGAAAAAAAAACAUUUUUAGAAAAUUAACCGUCUGAGCGCAAAUAAAGCAGUUAAAGCAAAAGAGCAAAAAGAGAGAAUGAGAGAGACACGUCGAACUGAAGAGAUCAUCCCCUAAACUCAAGUCUAAUUGCAAUAUCGUGCACCCUUCGUGCAUUUAUCAUUCGCAGCGCGAAUGGUGCACGGAGAGACGAGAGACGAGCACCGCCGCAAAAAUAAGGCAAACGCAUUUAUUUUAAUUUUUUAUUUGGUCGAUAGCAAGCACUCCCAUUGUCGACGAAAAACACACCAGAGCAAAGUACCAAAGUAUUUAUGUUUUAUUUAUAUUUAUGUCGAUUUUUUGUGUAUCAAUUGUUCGUUUCGGUGAAUUGAAUUGAAUAAACGGGGCCAGACGAUAGAUUCGGUGUUUUCGGGCGUGUGUGCGUGCGCGCGCGGUCUUGCCAACAAACGAACGAACUCACCUCACAAAAUCAUGACAUAAGAUCAAACAAUAUAAUUGACACAUAUAAAAUUGUAAUAAAAAAAAACAUUUAUCGCAUAUAGCUGUGCAGUAAAUGCCAUUUUCGGUGUUGUUACCUAUCAGAUCAAAAUGAAUUGCACCGCUUCGAAAAGCCAUUUUGCAUUUACCGCACGCAUUAAAUCAUUAAAGUCGCGUUUUUUCCAAAAAAAAAAAAAACAAAAA